AUGUCCAACAAUAAUAGGCAACCGCCUCAGGCACCUGGCAAACUCUAUCAAUUCAAGCUUGUUUUACUAGGGGAAGCUGCAGUUGGCAAAUCUAGCCUAGUAUUGCGUUUCGUCAAAGAUCAAUUUGAUGAUUACAGAGAAAGCACUAUUGGAGCCGCUUUCUUGACCCAAACUAUCUGCCUAGAUGAUAAUACAACAGUAAAAUUUGAAAUUUGGGAUACAGCCGGCCAAGAACGUUAUAAGAGCUUGGCUCCAAUGUACUAUCGAAAUGCAAAUUGUGCAGUAGUGGUAUAUGAUAUAACUCAAGCUUCUUCACUUGAAAAAGCCAAGUCAUGGGUAAAAGAGCUUCAAAGGCAAGCAGAUCCCAAUAUUGUUAUUGCACUUGCUGGAAACAAAACUGAUCUGGCUUCACGUCGAGUUAUUGAAAAAGAG